CAACACGCUCGCGCGAGUGUUCGCGACUUAUGAUAAAGUUUCAUUCGUACGUGAAGACCGUGUGAAAAGUACACAUAGUAGAGAACACGCGUUAAAGAUGCAUGCUGCGUGAUCAAUUGACGAAUCCGUUCUCGCGCGAGAUUUCGACGUGCAUUUCGACGACGCGUUUAAAUUUAGGUCCCGUUACGCCGCACGGUUCAAUGUGUCAGCCGCGCGCGCGCGAUCGAAAGACGCGCUGUCGUCCGUCCGUCUGUUCAUUCGGUCGUUUGUUCGCCCGCCCGCCCGCUCGCCUGCCUGCCUGCCUGCCCGUUCGUCCGCUUCGUAACGACCGCACCGCGCCGCAUCGCAUCGCAUCUCGCGGGCCGAUAAUUCAAGUUCAAUUUUUCCGUAAACACGGCCACUUGCGUUGCGCGUUCUCUGACGUCACUGCGGGCACGCUUUGACGUCAGCGGCAUAUGGCACACCGUCGCCAAGGCGACAGAAAGUCGAUUCCCAUUGGCCAAGCGCGCUUACGUAUGUACGCAAGUUGUCGCGAGACCGGCUGGAAAAUGCUCCAACACCUAGGAAAAUCGCAUUUCCGAGCUGUUGGAAGAGAAAUUUCAACGGCUCGCUCGAUAACGAGUGUCAUUUUUUUCUGCCUUGUCUCGUAUUGACGAUCGAUAUUGAUCAUCGACGACGCGAUCGUUUGAUCACUGAUAUGUUCUCCUGUGUGACGCGAUUCCACCAGCCCCGAUCAUCCUCGUAACGAGUAGUCGCAUCGAUGAGGUGCCGGAAGCGGUAUCGGAAUGGCGGUAUGUCGUGUUUUAGCUCGAGAAGGCGCCAAAGUUGUCGCAACUGAUCAGAAUGUCAAGAAUGUUCGGGAAACCGUAAAUACUUUAGAAGGUACAGGUCAUGUUGCUCUGCAUAUGCAAGUCGCUGAGCGAGCAAGUGUUGAAACAACUUUUAAAGAUGUCAAAAAGCAAUUCUCCAAGCCACCUACCAUCAUUGUGAAUUCUGCAGGGAUUAUAACACGUGGACACAUAAUAAACUUCACUGACAAGGAUUUUGAUGAAAUAAUCAAUGUUAAUUUGAAGGGUAUUUUCUUGGUUAUGCAAGCUGCUGUCAAAGCAAUGAUAGAAGCAGAUACAACAAAGGGUUCUUCAAUUGUCAAUAUCAGUUCAAUUGUAGCCAAGCAGACAUUUCCUAUGCUUGGCAUCUAUAGUGCAACAAAAGCUGGAGUAAUAUCUAUAACCAAAACUGCUUCUAAAGAAUUUGGAAAGUUAGGGAUUCGAGUCAACACUGUACUGCCUGGUUAUAUAGAAACUCCUAUGGUCUUAUCUUUAUCAGAUGAGGAAAAACAGGGAUUCUUAAAACAAAUAGCACUUAGGAGAUCAGGACAACCACAAGAAGUGGCAGAGUUAAUUGCAUUUUUAGUUUCUGACAAUAGUUCCUAUGUCAAUGGAGCAGAUAUUGAUAUUACUGGAGGGAAAUGAGAUUGACCUGAUAAAUUUACAUUACAUCUUACAUGUAAAUUUAUACAUGUGAAAUUACUAUAAAUAUAUAAUCCCUGCAUAUUGUACACUUCUAAAAAGAAGAAAGUUUUGUGAUACAAUGAUAAUAAAUUACUUUUUUUUCCCUUUAA